AUGCAGACCCAGACUGCUGCUGCUGCUGCCGCUACUACUGCUGCUGCUGCUGUUGAAAAUUUCCAUUCCACAGACUCGUUUCUAUCGCUGGCCUUUUUGGAUCUCCAGCAAGAUUCUCUUGAUCACAUAACCUCCCAGCACUUUAAUGACUCGGAACAAAGCUUUAACAAUAACAAUAAUAAUAAUCUCAUUUUUUCCCGUUCAAACUCAAGUCUUUUCGAAAUACUUCCAAGUGACUUUAUAGAUUCUACUUCUACGGCUAAUACUAAUACUAAUACUAAUACCACCACUAAUACCACUAUCGACCCUUUAAACAACUAUACUACUAAUGCUUUGCCACAACCUUGUGCUGCUACUUCUCCUCCAUUACUUAUUACCUUGAACCAACAACAACAACAACAACAACAACAACAACAACAACAACAACAACAACAUACAAACAAACAAAAUCAACAAACAUUAUUAAAUCCCUUUACAGCACUCUGUACUCCACCACUGGGCGCAGAACGCACAGUCCUCGAUGAAAGUCAUGUCGUUUUUUUGCUUUCACCCUCAGGUACCAUUAAGUGCGUUUCAUCUACUUGCGAAGCACUUUUGGGCCGCGCAUCUGUCAACCAUACAGGCUCCUUUUUCCAGUACCUUUAUCAUGAUGACGUGCCAAACUUUGCUGCAAAUAUGACUUCUGCAGCUACCACUGGAUCUCGCUUCUCUACCAGCAUUUAUCUUAAACAUGGAAUCCAUGAUGCUUAUGUUCCGCUCACUGCUACUGCUUUUGCUUACUAUGACGAUACUCUGGAGCACGCGGAAAAUCUAAUUCAAACAGUGGACUUUAUGUACCAACACUACAAACCUGACCCUCAGACUUUACUAACAACUCAGUGCUCGGGCUUGAUUGUAGUUUGCAAACCUGUACUUUUACCGAAUUUUUCUAGUCAAAAGAAGACAAUAAUGAAUAAUGACGAAAAUAAUAAUAAUAAUAAUAACAAAGUAGGAAAAGUUGAAGAAACAAGUCUGACUGUAGCUGCAACUGCUCCAGACCAUAAUUCUAUACAACCUGCUGUUCAACAGACUUUGGUCUUGCCUCAUGAACAACAGCCCAUCAUUAUCGAUCGAUUGCAGCAACAAGCAUCUCAAGAUUUAAAAUGUCCAAAUGAAAAUCUUUGGCAUCGUCGGAAACCAAAAGAACUUGGUGUUGAUACAUCACUCGCAAUGCCUCCUUCUAUUACUCUCUUUGACCACCACCAACAACAACAGCAACAACAACAUCAUCAACAACAUCAUCAUCAUCAUCAACAACAACAACAACAAGCCUUGGCAUCGGUCUCGGCUCCUCCUCCUCCUCCUCCUCCUCCUCCUCUUUCUUGUACUGCUACAACUGUUGCAGUUCCAUCAGGCCCUGUCUCCAAGCCUGCUAGCAUGUCCACCUCGUCACUGUUACUCCAACCUGGUGUAUCGGCUCCUCCUUCAGUGCUUUCGGAUCCUUCAUCGGGACCCCUCUCUGCACCACUUUCUGCAUUUUCUCCUGCUCCUCCUUCUACUCUGCCUUCUUCUGCAACAACUACAAUUCCUCCACCUUCAGCUUUUGCUAGCUGUUAUUCAUUCCCAGAAGUUCCAGCUAGUGCAUCACUUUUCUCACCUUCAGGUUCGCCUUGUACUAAUAACUCUUUUGGCUUUUUCGAUGAUGCUGGAACUGCAAACCAAGCAAGUAUCUGUGGACUAACAUCUGUUUCACUUGAUGACUUGACAUUUGGAGGGCUUGGAGCACCUGCAAUGCCUGUCCAUACUGUCUCUGCAACUCCUCCUCUUUUAUCAACUUCUCUUUCAUCAUCAUCUUCUUCCUCACCUGCUCUGAUAACUCCUGAGUCGCAUGUUGUUAAUUCAGAUGGGUCCAAGGUUCCUAUAAAUGGACUGGCUGUUUCUUUUGAAAGUCCCAAUCUAAUUACUAACUCUGUUAUGCCUCCAACUUCUGUUCCUAAUCCUCCUUCUGCACAACCGUCAUCAUCAUCUUCUUCUUCUUCUACAGUCACUACUACUACUACGACUACUACUGGUGCUGGUGCUGGUGCUGUUAAUAUUAUGGCUUGUCAUUCAUCUCCAACCCCAGCAAUGUUCUCUCCCGCAGGUCCAGCCAUUAUCCCGAUGGGUCCUCCUUUACAUUUCCAUCCUCAACAACAACAACAACAACAUCGCAUUUUUCAAUCUACUGUUUCAGCUACAACUGCUCCGCCAACUCCUAGUGGAUCUUCAUCUUUCCCAGUCAUGCCGUCACCUACGUUUCUCCAAAAAACUGGUUCUGCUGCUGCUCCUCCUCAAGCUCAAUUCAUUUCUAACUCUCCUUAUGCUCUAAUUAGAAAUACUACUUCUUCACCUCAACAUCAAUCACGACCUCCCCUUGGCCCUGCUCCUGCUAUCAUUGGUCUUAUGCCCGGUGCACCUUCCGGUGCCAUUGGUCUUGGUAUUUCAAACCCUGGAGCUCCAGGUCCAAUGCCUCCUGGACCUUAUUUCUUGACAGGUCCUCCUCAACCUCAUGUCUCUGGUCUUGUGGUGGGUAAUUCUCCUCAGCCACAACAACAACAACAACAACAACAACAUCCUCCUCAUCCUCCUCCUCCUCCUCCUCCUCCUUCUCACAUUCAUGCUCCCCAACCUUUCUUGCCACCACACGCUCAGCUGUCGGUAACCUUGGGACCUUCGUCAUACGGGCUCGCGGGCGGGCCCAGUUUACAGUCUCCACGUCUUGCACGUCGACGAGCCGGAGGUCCAGAAUAUAAGCUUGUGACUGGAGGUGUUGGUACUGGUCGCCGCCAUAGUUCUAGUGCUGGUAAUCAAAGUACAUGUUCAUCAUCGUCUUCAUCAUCUAGAAGAGCAAGUGCUAAUAACCAAGGCCAUGUGUGCAGUGAGUGUCAUGUGGAAGAGUCGCCUGAAUGGCGUAAGGGUCCCAAGGGUCCCAAAACUUUGUGUAAUGCUUGUGGUUUACGAUGGGCCAAAAAGUCACGCAAGGAGAAUAUGAAGAAUAUUGCCAACUCGGCAGCAGCAGCGACAGCGACGGCAGCUUCUGCUACUACUUCUGCUACUGCUUCUGCUACUGCUUCUGUUUCUUCGACAUUGUCGUCAUCAGUUAUGAAUACAAGUUCUUCUACACGAACAAGUUCUAGGCCAUCGUCGCCUGGGUCUAGCGAUGCUACGUUUGGCGCAGGUUCAGCCAAGUCACGACGUGGAAGUGGCCAGGCUCUUAAAGUACGAUCUGCUUUGGCAUCAGUAUCGAAGCCAACAUUGAUGGGAUCAUCUCAGAUUCCAUUAUCUGGCCAGUUGGUUGAGCUUGUUGGUGUUGCUGGGUGCGGGCUUUCCAGUGGCAUUUCAGUUGUAGCUCCUUCAUCAUCAUCAUCUUCUUCUUCUUCUUCUUCUAAUUGA